AUUGAAUUUAUUGUAAUUGUAUUUUUAAAUUUAAAAUACUGUAAUUAAAUUAUAUUUCUUAAUUCUAAAGUUAAAUUACUUAUAAGAAAAACUGUAAAAAUAUUUAUUAAAAACAAUAGAUUGUUAUCAAACAAUCAAACAAAGUAUCACCAUCAGAGACAAGCCAUUUAUCCAAAAUCAUAAUAAUAAUAAUAAUAAUAAUAAUAAUAAUAAAAAUACUUUGGAACUUGAUCAACAUCUUUUAAAAAUAUUUUUCAAUUAUCAAUGUUAAAUUACAAAAAGUUUGAUAAAUAUUUAUUACUUCAUUUUUAUGUCCACGUGACACGGUGAUCAUGUGUUAUCAUCAAUAUUAAUUGUUUCAUUGAUUGUUAGUGCUUGUGUACAAGAAUUUUACAUCGGAUUUAAUUGAUUUAGAUUUGUUUAAUUAUUUCGAUAAUAUAUUAAAUAUUUUGAAGAAAUUUUAUUGGUGUUUCCUAGUCCUAUAAAAAAUUCAUUAUGAUAAAAGGAGGGUCAAUAUUAUUUUGGCUGUUUACCAUAUUUGGAAUUCCAAUAACUUUUCCAUGGGUGGGUUGUUACCUCUUCACCAAGAUUCAAAUGAAAAAGAGAAAAAAGGAAUUACGUGAAAAGGUUGUAAUGAUUACAGGAGCAAGUUCAGGUUUGGGAGAAGCUCUUGCUCAUGCUUUUUACAGAUGUGGGUGUAAAUUAAUUCUUGUUGCAAGGCGAAAAUUGGAACUAGAAAGAGUUAAAAAUACUCUACUGCACACUCAUUACACUGUUCCAACUCAUCCACCUAUAAUACUUGCUGUAGAUCUAACUGAGAUUGCCUCACUUCAGACAGAAGUAGACAAAGUUUUAUCUAUACAUGGACAGAUUGACAUUUUAAUAAAUAAUGCAGGAAUGUCAUACAGGGGAAUGGCUAAAAAUACACAAAUGAAUGUUGAUACUAAGGUUAUGAUGAUCAAUUAUUUUGCACAGAUUGCUUUGACAAAAGCAAUUCUGCCAUCAAUGAUAAAACAACAAUCUGGUCAUAUUGUUUGCAUCAGUAGUGUUCAAGGGAAAAUGGGAAUACCAUACAGAUCUGCAUAUUCAGCAUCUAAACAUGCUCUCCAAGCUUGGUGUGAUUGCUUAAGAGCAGAGUUAUUUGAUACAAAUAUUCUGGUAUCUGUCAUUAGCCCUGGCUAUAUAAAGACAUCAUUGUCACUGAACGCUGUAACUGAAACUGGCGAAAAUUAUGGCCAAAUGGACAAAUCUACUCUGGAAGGAUACUCAUCAGAAUACGUUGCAGAUAAAGUAUUGGAGGCGGUUUUAAAAAGGAGUAAAGAAGUUAUGAUUGCUCCUUUAACAGCCAAACUAGCGAAUUUUAUACGUUAUAUGAUUCCAUCAUUAUAUUUUAAAAUAAUGCAAAUGCGUGCUAAAAAAUACGCGAAUUCUAAAUUAAAUUAGUUAAUUUAUUAGUAGAUCAAUUUUUUUCAUAUUAUAUUACUAAUCGAUGAAUAGUACAAUUUUAUUUUAAUUAAUUCGUACAACGAAGAUUUUAAUAUUGUGUA